ACGAUAAAAUCUUGAGUUUUUUUUUCAAACGAGAUUUUUUUUUUGUAAUUUUUUUUCCUCUUCUUCUUCUGUUAUAUUUUUGUUAUUAUUUUAAAAAACAACUUUUUCACCAGACGACAUAACACGGUCAUUUGGCGUGCGUGAAUUUGGCGAGAAGUGCAAAAAAUAAUUGAAAACAUUAGCAAAAGUUUUUCACAUCACAAUAUGAACUAAUUCCUUCAAUACAAAUAAAAAAUCGAAAAAAAUACGAAAAUCGUCCAAAAGUUCCAGAACAACAAAAAUUGCCAUUGAAAAUAAUUUAAACAUCGAAUUUCAACAUGACUUCGACCGUACGACACGAAUAUUCAUCUAAUGUGGUACGAGAAUUGCAUCCAACAAUGACGACAACUACGAGCUCCGGCUUUCAAAGCAAACUCGAUGAUAAGUUAGACUACUUGUUGGAUGAUUUGCAAGCGAGCGUUAGUCGUCCAGGAAGUUCCUUGGGACAACCAAUUACGACCUCGUCAUCGUCACAUCAUCAUCAGAGCAGCUCGUCACAGCAAGUGCACUAUUUGCAGCCAGCUAAUUCGACAACAGUUUUGCGCGAACGUUCAACAAGUCCCGUCUCUGGACAGAAAAAAUUCUACACCGCAACAUCCAAAUAUGAAUACAAAAGUAGCUCAGGUGGCGGAAACAAGGCAACGAAUACGACGGAUUCUACUGUCACCGAUGUGUACAAACAGAAUAUCAAUCAACUGGAUAAUUUAUUGAGCGAUUUGGAACGUGAACGGGACUCCUCGUUAGAUAGAAAGAGGACCAUUAAGACGCUCGAAUCAAAUGUCAAUAUCGAUCCGACAUUAGAGCCCGGUCAGCAAAAGCUCGUCAAAACAACGACUUUCCAUCAAACGGGCGAAAAACGUGUCGCACGUGAGUUGCUCUACGAUCCUCCAGGCACGGAAGUCGUUCGUCAUUCACGCAACCGCAAUCGCAGUCCCGGCACAUGGGACAACCGCACCGUCGAAUUUGUCGAUAGCGGCACCGUUGAUCGUCAUCACACGCCAAAUGUGCGUUCGGAGCAUUUCUACACGGAAAGCAAGGAACUUUCGCACUUGCCGCGCUCCCCAAAAGUCCAUUAUUCGGAGCACGUAUCGGAAAGUGUUGGCGCCGAUGCCGUUCGCAAACUCGAUAUUGACGAACAUUUAUUGCCGACGCCAAACACGAAGGUAACGACAACUGUUCGCACCUACACGUACGAGUUGCCCGAAGAACCGGAAACGGGUUUGAUCAACAAGAAGAUUCACAUGAAGGAUGAAGCGUACAAUCGAACCACUACAACGUUGCCAAGUAAUCGUGCGGAACGCGAUAUCGAAGCAUUGCCCCCGGGUUCGUCGCACACCCUUACGACAUAUCGCCAAGACGCGAAUGACCUUCCGACACUCGUUAAUGGCACGCCUGCGACGACAAACAGCAAAUCGAUGUUCUACAAAAAGGAGACGAAAUCCUCGAACACAACUUAUUAUCCGGGCUCGCCAGAUCCGAGUUUGUUGCCACGCUUGACGCAACAACCGGAUGACGGUACAGGACGUCCUGUACACGUUUAUCAGGAACAAAUUACGCAUAAAGGACCUCCGGGAUCGCCUGUGCCUUCGGAUCCGUAUGGCAUGAACACGAUAACGUAUCGCUACAAUUCGACAAACACGAAUGCGAAUGUUCGUUAUCCGCCGCCGGAACGAGAGCCGUUGUUGCCAGCGUUUCCUGUCGAUGGUGUCGAUAAUCAGCAUCCGGAUGCCAAUCCGCCGAAGCGUGUUGAGGAUUUGAUGGCUACUUUUGGAGAUACAUCCGUUACGGAAACAAACUACUUACGCAGACGUGAAGUUGCCGAAAAACCCAUCACACCAACACGCAUCGAGGAAAAACAACGUACUUUGGUGCCCAUUCAAAAUCCCGAUGAUCAACGUGAAUCGACGAAAAAUGUCGCUGGAAGUCCCGUUUAUUAUCCUCCUGGUCAUGAAAUGUUCGAAAAGAAGGAAGAAGCUGCUGUUUGGACUGCAGCUGGCGGCAUGGCUCGUGGUCGCGGCGAAUACGAAUACAAAGCAGAGGCAAAACAAAAGAGCAAAAGCAAAAGUGGGGCAGCAGUUGUGCCGGUUUGUCUCCCACUCUGUUGUGCCAUGCCAUGUUCAAUCAUGUAAAACAAGCUCAAUACGGAACUUUUUGAUGAUGAAUUGCUAACCCACUUACGACAAAAAAAAACAACACAAAAACUACUAAUGAAAUAUUUUAUUCCCUAAUUAAUUGUUAAAAAAUAACUUGUUAAUCGUCGUUCGUUCAUUCAUUCAAAGUUAAUGAAACAACAACAAAAAAAAGUAGAACAGAAACUUUAAUAAUAAUAUUUAAUGUUAACAUAAAAUUUUUAUUUUUUGAUACUUUCCGUCAAAUAAUUGUCCCUCAUUGCCUUAAUUCUGUUUGAUUUUUGUGAAUAUAU